ACGUGAGUUCUCUCGCGUGCUACACUACAUAAGACUGAGCCGCGCCUCUCGCAACACCAUUAGCACUCAGGCUCUCUUCUAGCACGGCAGUCUCCACGUGCAGCGCGACCAUGGCUACAGCAGCAAGCAACGCAAUGUACUCCCAAGUGUUCAAGAAAAAGUUGGCGGACGUGUUCCGCGUGGGGGCGGGAGGCGGCCUCUGUUUCUGUGGCAUCAACAUGUACUUCAAGAACGACAAGUUCUACGACGACUGGGUCAUGCCGCUCUUCAGCCGCAUGGAGCCCGAGACGGCCUACGCGGUGGCGCAGCAGGCGGCCAAGUACAACCUCGUGUCCAAGUCCAAGCUGCAGGAGUCGAGGCUACUGACUCCUCCCCCGAAGUGCGCCUCGUGCUCUCCGCCAGCAGUCGUCGGCGAUGUACUGAGGCAGUCGAGAUGAUGGGCUCCACGUCACUGUCCCAAGCGCCUCGUCUUGCUCCCUGGCUUCCUCUUCGUUCAUCUAUUUAACUAGUUUUUAAAAUAUAUAUAUAUAGUCCAUGAUUUAUUUUAUAUAUUUUUUCGAGAAGCUUAGUUCAUACAUUAUUUAGUUGUAUGUGUUUUCGUCUGCGCAUGGUUUAGUUCCACUCGUUUUAUACCCUUAUAUCAUUUUCCGAACUUUGUAUUUCAAACUUGGAACUCUCUGGACCGGCGUUCAACCGAAGCACAGAACUGCAACACGUCUAGCUUCCUGCGCUGCGUACUCCGUCAAACGAAGUACAAGAACCCAAGAAGACAGUAGGAAAGAAGAAAAAGUUGACGCCACUCCAGGAGUUCUAAGACGAGUGAUGGGACACUGGAUGGUGACCCUGCCUAGCUGUGAUAGAACUGUAGUCUUGGAUGAAAAACAGUAUCUUGGUAACAGAUACUAACAGAGGUGACUGUGUUAUGCUUUGAUAAGCUCCCAGGGCCCAGCAAAGUGCCUGAUUACCGACUUUCCUGUGAGGUGGAAUGAAACAGAAUAGCAAGCUUUAUGGUGUUUUAGGUUGUGGACUCAGGAACGUGCGAUACGAAGGAGAAAAUUCAUGGGACUUCAAUUACUGAACCUGAAAAGGAAACUAAGGCAAUAUUCAAGCAGUAUCUUGGUCUCGAAUCAUUAGAUUGAACUAGUAAUAGCAAAGGUUCUUAACAGUGAUAAAAAAAGGUGUGACAACGUUAACAAAAUCACACCAAACCAUGAGUCAGUAUUUCCAUGAGAGGAAGAGGCAUGUAUCUACAAAACUGGAUUAGUUCUGUGAGAAAAGUCAUGGCUGUUAUAUAGGUUUCUGCCAAAUGUAGAUUUUGUUUUCGGUUACUUUCAUUUAUAAAGUAUAAUCUACAUAUUAAAUAUCUUAUAUGUUAUAUAUGUAUAGGAUAUUGUUAGACUGUGUAAUUUUGAGAGGCUGCUAAUUCCGUAAAGUGGACAUACCAUUGUUGCUUUGGUUUCUGCUGUUUUGAAUGAUCAGAACAUUCUCAUUAGUAUAUAAUCUGUAAAAUGCAUCGUAUUCUAUGCUGAUCAUUACCAGUGCAUUGAUGAAGCAUUCAGAGAAUUGCAGAAUCACGACACGCUAAUUCACCUUCGUGUUACUACUCUUUCUGCACCUUAUUAUGUCAGUAUUUUAUUGCAAAUAUUCAAUUUUCAAGCCGUGUGACCCUCUGUGGACUACGGAAUCAGAUUUAUCGCAGUAUUUCAUUCACAACAGUCUAUGUACAAUGUGAUCGUAAGGGUUUCCUUUCCUCACUGACUUGCUGGUCGUUUGUCGUCUGGCUAAGCUGAGGCUAAGACUCCAGAACUGUUACAAAGGUAAACAACAUCCCUCCUCCAUGACAUAUCGGGUGCCAAUCGUCUGUGCUCACCGAGUGUGCGGUUCAUCGAUUACACAGAAACUUUUGUAACAACGUUUAACACUCUUCAUGUCAAAGUGUAAGAUGCUAAUAUUCUAUCAGUAUUACUUUAUUAGGAUGUGCGUAGUAGUGUUUUGAGGGUGUAGUGCCACGUGCGGGCGUGAAUGAAUUAAUAUCUCAUUUCAUUUCAUUGAACUUGCUUGCAGCUGCACUCCACGCCGAAGUGUAAACGAGUGUUCAAAUUACCAGUUGAUUUCUGUGAUUGGUUUCCCUUUAGAUAACAUUUCCAAUUUAAUUUGUGACUGAAGAAUAUGGUUGAUAGCAUACUACAAAUUCUUUAAUUAAAAGUUCGAUUUUCCUCGGAAAUGUUACAGAAUACGAUUUGGAAUGACAUAGCAAUGCAGUUCAGCCUACGGCCUACACAAGCGAGCAAUUCUGCAGUUAGAGAAUAAUUAUGUGUUACUGCGUUCAAGCUGCCAUUUCUAGCGGAAGAAUCAACCAGAUAGCCAAACUGGAAGUAAAUGCUGCAACACGGUCAUUGGAGUCGAGCAGGAACUGGUUUCUUAAUUAGUUCUCAAAAGACGCAGUUGGAACUUACAUAGGGCCAUAGCCAUGCAGUCGUUGGAGCGUUGUCCCGGCUCGUUUUUUUCCCUCACAAUGUGCUUAAACUUGCCGCACGUUGAUGAAGGGAUAUUUUCACUUCUUUUCCUUUGAUUUCGUGGGAUUAUUUAUUUAUUUAUUUAUUUCUUCGUAUUCCAAGUUGCAAGGCCAGGAAACGAUUACUUCACACUCUUUGGUGAAGCUUUAAUUUUUUUCUUUUGGCGAGAUAUUUCAAUAUUCUAAUGUUUUGUUAAGAAUUCCUAGUCAGCAUGUCAGGAAAUGUUUACUUCACUCUCUCUGUGAAGCGUUAAUUUAUUUCUUUUGGCAGAUUAUAUUACCUUUUUUUCUUUAGCAUCGAUCGUCAUUUCGUUGAAUUGUGGGACAUGGGACUGCUACAUAGGCAUGGCUUUGUAUGCACACUUGGUUGUUUUAUCGUAAAUUAUCUGUACUAGCUCCUAAAAUCCUAAGAGAAGGUAGAUUUUCUGUAGUUGUAUUGGUAGCUAAACUUAGCUUGACGUUCGAUUAAGCUUUUUAUUUCCAAAGGACUUUAAAAUCAACUAAUUUAAUUGCGAUUAACUAUGCAGACUAGUUUGAUGAUUGUGAAUGAAGUCAUCCCGAAAUUACCGUUUUUUGCGAAUGAUGUCAAAGUAAAUGUUGCCAACUUUUUGCUAGUACGAAGCAAGUUGAAAAUGAGAAGAGCGAAUUUAUGAAUUGAAUUUAACUUUCAAAUCUUCCUUAUUAACCAUAAGAGCUUUUGUAUGACAAGUGCAGAAAAGUGACAAAAUGCAUUAUUGGCACAUUAUUCAUCAGUUUUACAUAAAAAACAACUAUAUUCAAAUAAAGAGUAACCUAGUUAGGCCUAUAGCGACCUUGCGGUUGAGGUUUCUACAGCGACGGAGAGCAAGCGGUCCUUCAGCACUGCUAUAGCUAGGCUAAAGUAUUUUCGCCUCUUACAGUACGGCUACUGCUAUUGCUACGCUAGCCUUACCCAGCGGCCAAAGCACGGUCCAGCGAGAAGAGCAUGAAGGCACUUUAUAGCUGCUUGCAAAUAGGUUCCGCCCUACAAUACCGGACCAAUUUCAUUUGACUCGGUUGUUUAUAUAUUUUCUCAUAGAGUACCAGAGAAGAGCGAGUUCUUUAUAUACAUAUAUAUAUAAAUAAAUAUAGAUGCGUAUUCAAAAAAAGUCCACCGGAUAUGUUCUAAAUAUUACUUAUCAUGUAUGAAUCAUUUUCAUAAGAAAUUAAAUUUAUCUAUGGAUAAUUUUUAUUCUCUAAAGCAAGCAUGUCCCAUAAUGGUAAGACUCAGAGCAUGUUUGCAAAUCUAAUGAAUUUCUUUGCACAUACAAAAUGUCUAUUGGCAGAACAGCCUUCAAAAGGCACCUCAGAUCAAGCCAAAAGGUAAUAAUUUCCAGCUUAUUACAACAAAGGAUAAGAAAAUCAGCAUUACGAGUUAAUGACAGUUGCCAUUAUAUGUGAACCAAAUUGCCUAAAAAUCAGAAAAGAUCAGAUUUUAUCAUUUACCGCAAGCAAUAAGCGACUCUGGGCGCUACAUCUGAAACACGAGUGGUACAACCACUGUCACUUAUUUGUAUAUAUAUCAGAGUACAUAGAUCAUGGUGUAUUACUUCACAUUUUUUUAUAUUUUGACGGCAGAAAUGUAGCAAUCUGGAUUAGUAUGCUGCGGUGAUGUUACAGAUUUUAUAAUAAAACUGUACUUUCG